GAUUUUUGGAUUAAUUUUUAAUAAAUUCUAACGAAAAUAUUAAUUAUUAUUUGCUAAUAAUUUUCUUUUCAAACGACAUCUGUAGUGGGAUUAUGAGCAUUGACUUUUUUUCACAUUAGCAAUCGAUCAUUCUAAACGUUCAAAAGUUCAUACCGAUUUAAAAAGGAAAGAUGUUGGGGUGUCGAUUAGUUCGAUUUAUUAAUUGGCCACUAAAUACUCAAGAUAACGAUGCUCAGAUUAUCUAGAACACCAAGAUUAAGUAGUAAGGCGAGAGCCGAGGCGGUUUUAAGAGAAUAUCCUAAGCAGCAAUAUUAUAAAUCAUCAUUCAGUCGUUAUUUUAUGGCGUCGAAUUAUAGGGACAGAAUUAAAGUUAAUGCUCAAUUUAAUGUUGUAAAGAAGAUGAAUGUUGCUGGUAGCCUUACCGACAGUAAGGAUAUGGAACAACUGUAUCAACCAAUGUGUUGGCAAAAAAGGAUGAAAGCUACUCUUGAGAAAACCAAAAGCUCAUCAAAACCGUCUAACUUCCUAAACGCAGAUCAAGUAUUAAAAGCUAUUGAUAAAACGAAACAGACACCAAGAAACGAAAAAAUUAAUAUACUUAUAAAGAGACAGGAAGAAAUUGCGGAAGAAAGAAAAAAAAGAGUGGAAAUGAUUAGGAGUAGAAAUACGGGAAGUUCUACGACUCCCCUACCUCCGCCACCUACCGCAGCAGUCUUGAGAACUUGAAAACUUCCAAGUAACGCUAAGAAAGAUUAAAAAUGUUUAAAAAUACUAUAGCAUACUUUAAUAGGUUUAAUUAAGCAUAUUAAUAUUAAUACUCUUUAUAUCUGUAAAUAGUAUCCUUGAAUUAAUAAAUGAUAA